UGGAGGUUUAGUUUCAUGAUUAUAGCAUUACGUGAGUACCGAUAUUGAAUGAAAACGUGUUUUUGUUUUUUUUAUUUCGGUAUAUUUUCCAAUAAGCUUCAUCAGUUAUCACAAUUUUGAAACAAGUUACUGGUUUAGUUUCAUUAUUAUUUCAUCAGCAAUCCACAAUGUUAACUCUGGAGUCAUCUGCAGAAUGUUCCACAAACAAGAAACCUUCCCCCAAAGGUGCCCAUUUUUGCAAGACUUGCCCCUUUUUCACCACAUCGUUUUUCCUGAUGGUGAACCACAUCAGACGCCACAGCUCACCCUCGCAACACUUCAAUUGUGCAAACAGCAACGUAGAAAUUUAUUUGUGUAAAGACUGCAAUUUCCAAACCGGACUGACGCGCUUUUUUAAACAACACAUGGAAGAACACAGUCGACAAAAAAAAGACCAAUACAUCAUUCAAAAGUAUUUUUGUGAACGUUGCCCCUUUGAAACACAUUUCUCACUGAAAUGGUUCCAACAUUCCAAAACUUGUCUAGGAAGUAAAAAUCCUCAAAUGAGUCAAGCAAAAAAUGAGGAUAACGAUAAAUGCAAGUGUAAAUAUAGUUCGGGUGGACGUCGAUGUUUGGAACACGUGCGCGAUAGCAAAGUAUGUUGGUACCACUGUUUGAAAUGUUCCUACAAAUGUCAACGAAAAAGAUACAUAAGAAGACACAUAACCCAACAUUGGAACGAAAGUGUGGCUAAAUGGUACCAAUGCACCAGUUGCCCAUACAAAACUAAGUACAACUCUCACUUGAAAGUGCACUCGAAAAGACACUUGGACGAACACGAGAUUGAAUGGCAUCGGUGCGAAAAAUGCCGGUUUAAAACCAAAUACAAAUCGUGUUUAAAUAUGCACGUAAGUGUGCACCAUUUAGAUAACCAGAACGUUAAAUGGCAUAUGUGUGCAAAUUGUCCGUACAAAUCGUUAUGUCACUCCAAUUUAAACAGGCACGUAAAUGCGCACCAUUUAGACGAGUCGCAAAUUAAAUGGUACGAAUGUGAAGAGUGUCCACACAGAACUAAACACAAGUCGGCUUUACAAAAACACAUUUAUGUGCGGCAUUUGAGUGAAGACGAUAUUAAAUGGUUUAAAUGCCAGAAGUGUUCGUAUAAAGCUAAAAGGAAGUGUCAUUUAGAUGAACACGUAAAUGCGCUUCAUUUGGAUAAAAGGGACAUUAAAUGGUUUGAAUGCCAAAGUUGUCCAUAUAAAGCUAAGAGGAAUAGUCAUUUAAAAAGGCACAUAAGCGCGCUACAUUUAAAUAAAAAAAAUACUGAAAAAGUUUUAAAUGAAAAAAAUUAACUGGCAAAUGAA